AUGAGCAAGACAAAUGUAAUACAUAAAAUACCAUGCAGCAACUGCGAGAAACGCUACAUCGGACAACAGUAUGGGCAAAAGGAAGAUGCAAGUGAAAACCUGGAUGAAAGUGUUGACCAGAUCACUCAAUCAAUAACAAAACCCGAAUCUUUGAUCCUGGAACCGUCAAAAGAUGCUGUUGAGUCACACAAUGACCUAAUCAUCUCUGAAAUGCUCGCAUCCUUGUCAGUAUUAGAAGAAAAAGAGGCCACUGUAAUGAAAAAGCACCGUGCCAUGCGUCAUGGCAACAAAAUAAUUCAGAGUUUAAGUGAAGUCUUUGAGCUAGAUAGCAACGAGCGGGGAACGGUUGAACUAUUGGACGUGACCCCAGAAGAUAUGCCAGCUCCUCCACCUCCAAUACAAGCCAAACUCACAGCACAGGAGAGAAAGAGAGGCAAUAUCGUCCAUGAGAUCUUAAACUCAGAGCGGGACUAUGUUAAAAACCUACGUGAUAUCUAUGAGGGAUACUACAAGCAGUGUCAGAAAGCAAAGGAUUUGUUCCCUCAUGCCCGACUGAAAACGCUCUUUUCCAACAUUGUGGAUAUCUACAAAACGCACAAGAAAUUACUUCAGAACCUGGAGUGGCAUUACAGACCAAACAAACCACAUCUGAGUGAGUUUGGCACUUGUUUCCUUCAAGAAAAUGCAGGCUUCUUGACGUAUGCUGAAUACUGCAACAACCACGUCAAUGCUCUUGCUGAAUGGGCUAAACUCAUCGUCGUCGAAAAAUAUGCAUACUUUUUUGAGGUUUGUCGAAGGCGGCAGAAAAUGAUGAGCCUCCCUUUUGAUGGAUUUCUCAUAAUGCCAGUGCAGAAGAUCUGUAAAUAUCCACUGCUACUAUCAGAACUGCUUAAAGCCACUCCACCUGAGCACAGGGAUUAUAAGAAUGUGGAAGCUGCUAUAGUUGCCAUGAAGAACGUUCUUAACAGGAUUAACAAUCAGAAGGCUGAUGAUAACGAAGACAAAAUCACAAAGUUACAGAACAUCAUUUCAGGUUGGCAGGGUGAAGAUCUCAUUGUCCUCAGCACUCAGCUGAUCCAACGUGGUGAUCUAGUUGUUCUGAUGCAUCCACGUGCCAGGGCAAAACAAUUUCUGGCAUUUCUCUUCGACCAUCAGAUGAUUUUAUGCAAGAAGGACCUGCUACGCCGUAAUGCGCUGUACUUCAAAGCAAGGAUCGACAUUGACCGAAGCAUAGUGAAGGAUGUGGAAGAUGGAAGGGAUGAAGAAUUCGAUUGCCGGGUCAGGAAUGCUAUCAAACUUAAAAGCAAGUUUGAGAAUAAACCUAGCAAACUUCUUUUUACAAAGAAUCUUGCAGACAAGCAAUUGUGGCUUCAUGCCUUUGAGGAGGAAAGAAAAAUAUCUGAAGGCGAGCUAGAAGCAGAAGAGAGCUACUAUGAUUUUCCAGCACUGAAUGUUUCAACUGUCACCCAGGAACAGUUGUCCAUUUUGGCACAACCCAAACGCAGGCAAUCGAGUUUCUGGCGCAAAUUUGUGAAUAAACCAACACCAAUUAAAGAGUGACCAGACUAUUCCGAGGAGCAGUUUGCCAGCCUGUUCCAUUUGCAAAGAACAUUUUGCUCAAUCUGCAUCCCAGUGAAGGCCAUGGCAUCAUGGUAAUUUCAGCAGGAACUGGGCAUGUUCUGUGACCAGUGCACCUGCCGACGCAGCCUGUUAAAGUUUGUUAGAGUCUUGUCUGUUCAGAGGAAAUUUCCGCCUGUAUCUUUAGAGAAUAUAGAUUUUAUUGGACACUCUCCAAUGUUUGUAAAGUGUCAUCCCUAGGAAGCAAAGCAACUAUAGACAUGGUCACCACAAGACUUCCACUUAUUGCUGUUUGACACACCUUUCGUUGGA